UAACUCAAACAUAUCCAGAUGAUGAUGAAGAUGGCGAUGAAGAUGUCUGCUGCCUCCGUCUCUCUGCUCCUGCUCUGCUGCUACGCCUUCUCCUCCACAGAUUCCCAGGAUACGUGUGACAUAUACGCUGCGACGGGCGACAACGUCAAUGUGCCUCUGGGGCCGAACCACACACUGAACGACUUAGAGCGCUUGAAAUGGACGUACAACAACGAUCUGAUUAUAUUUAAUUGGAUUAACAAAAAAAUGGUCCAAGGGAAAAAGGAAGACAUUCAUGAAAACGGAUCCUUGUGGCUGAAGAGUGUGACGGUGAGCAACAACGGGGCGUACAAGCCUGUGGUUCAUACAGCUGGAAAUAAAAUUGGAAAGGAAUUGAAAACCACAAGUUUAUGUGUAUUGGACCGCGUCCCGAAGCCUUCAGUGAGCGUUGAAUGUAAAAAAAACUCCGUCAUAUUUACCUGCAAAUUCUCUAAGCAUUCCAGUGACACGGUGGAGUGGCUAAACAACGACAAGGUGGAGGCAAAGUACAAAGGUGAAUGGAAAGUGACUAAAGAAGCCAAACAGAUGCAGUCAGACUCCUUCAGGUGCAGCGUCUCCACCCGACUCGGCGUGAUGAAGAGCGACGCUGUGACGCAGAACUGCGACAAGGGCGAGAAGAGCUUUUGGAUGGGGCAAAUACAUAUAUUAGGAACAAAUAUUUAUAUCUGGAUUAUCGUGGCCUGUGGAGGAGGACUUGUCCUGUUGCUGAUAAUCCUGGUGAUCAUUUGCUGCGUCUGCACCAAAUGGAAGAACCGCAGGCGACGGCAAGAGAUGCGUUUGGAGUGGACCAAAAAAGAUCUGCAUAACCAUCAACAUGCACAGACUCCCCCCCACGACCAUCCUCUUCUUCCUCCUCCUCAUCAUCAUCCUCCUCCUCAGCAACAGCAGCAGCCGGCGGGACACACGGGGCCCCGGAAGCAUCGCUCCAAACGAGACCCCCAGCAGAAACCCAGAGUCCCUGAAGGACAUCCGGAGCCCAGCCCCCGCAGAGCCGCUCAGGUGCCCAGACCAGCUGAGGCAGUGGAUGAAGAGCAGCCUCCUCCUCUUCCUCAGCCCCGGAAGAAAGGUCCCAGAGCUCAGAGGGUGUGACAUCACUCCUCUUCUACAGAGGUGUAUCAGGGCCGUGUCGAUCAUGGAAAUGAACAUUAUUCUAAAGAUUCAAAUGACCUUUUUCCAAAAUUAAAACGGUCAUUUUACAGGAAACUGACAAUUUUGCGAGAAAAACACUUUGAUAUUCUCUGUGAAUAAAAUCAGACAUUUUCAGAUAAAGAAACGUUAAAGUGUAAAAGUUGUGGGAUUUCGUCCAGAAUCCACCGGUGGCCACGCGUCAGAAUAAUCAAUGAGAAAAAGUUAAUUUUCCACAUAUUUUUGGUACAUUUGUGACUCUCUUUUUAAAAUAUAUUUGUAAUGAAUACUCCACUUCUGAGAGGUGUACCUCUAAAAGUUACCUGCUGGCUCUGUCACUUGUUGUUUACCUAUUAUGCCAGACAGACAAGUAAAUAUAGAAAAUAUUUGUAUUUUAAGUGCCAGAUAAUAUCACUGCAGUAUUUUUAUAUAUAUUUUGUCAAAACUCUUGAAUACAGUUCUUUAUUUAUGUGUCUGUAAAUUGAUUAAUAAAAUAAAUCUGGGCGGCAUAGAAAUCACAGACGGCUAAUAUGUCAACUUUAAUUAUGAAGGAUUGCUUAUCGAGCAGGGUUGACUUGAUCUUAACAAUGUAAAUACAGUAAUGUCCUCCAUGUGUUUAUAUGCAGAAAAGGAACCAUACCAUAUGUUUUAUUUAUCUGUGAAACCACCAUGCAAUGUCAGAAGCAUAUAUUUUAUACUCUGCUUUUUAAUGUACAAAUGUUGAUUUAAACCGGAUGCAAAAUAAAUGGUGUCAAUUCAAUCCAG